GGGAAUUGGGGAAUUGGGGAGUUUUGUAUAGAGCCGAUGUUACUAGUAGAGUUGAAGAAAAGUAGAGCCCUGUCUUUAUUAGAGAAAAAAAUAAUGUAAAAAUGAGUACCAAGAAGCCAAAUACCAGACUACUUCUUAUAAAUUCCUAAUCAGUAACUCAAUCUCACCUCACAGUUCCCCUCACUUUGCUCUCUAUCUUUUUGAGUCUAUCUUUUGGUGUGCUGGUGAAAGUAGCAGAAGAGAGGAGAGGGUAGCAACAAUGGUGGCCAAGAAGCCAAGGAUUGUGAUAAUUGGAGCAGGAAUGGCUGGUCUCACAGCUGCCAACAAGCUCUACACCUCCACUGGCUUCAAAGAUUUGUUUGAGCUCUGUGUGGUGGAAGGAGGGACUAGAAUUGGAGGAAGGAUAAACACUUCUCAGUUUGGUGGUGACCGGAUUGAGAUGGGUGCAACUUGGAUUCAUGGCAUUGUGGGUAGCCCAAUUCACAAGAUGGCUCAAGAACUCCACUCACUGGAGUCUGACCAGCCUUGGGAGUGCAUGGAUGGCUACCUGGACUCCCCCACAACCAUGGCUGAAGGCGGGUUUGAGCUAGGCCCCUCCACGGUAGACCCUGUGUCCACUCUUUUUAAGAAACUGAUGGAUUUUUCUCAGGGGAAGCUGAUUGAAGAUAGUGUUUGCAGUGAAGAAGUUGAUUAUGUCAAGCUUGGAGCUAAGGCUUCCAAGGUCUCUACUAUCAAUGGUGGCGGCUUUGGCAAGCUCAGUGUUGGGACUUUUCUUCGGCGUGGCCUAGAUGCUUACUGGGCUUCUGUCAAAGACCGAGAGGAGAUCAAGGGGUAUGGUAAUUGGAGCAGGAAGUUGCUGGAAGAAGCCAUUUUUGCAAUGCAUGAGAGCACUCAAAGGACUUACACAUCUGCAGGUGAUCUGUCAACUCUGGAUUAUGAUGCAGAAAGCGAGUAUAUAAUGUUUCCAGGGGAAGAAGUCACCAUUGCUAAAGGUUACCUGAGCAUAAUUGAAGCUUUAGCGUCUGUUCUACCUGCUGGAUUGAUCCAACUAGGCCGGGAAGUCACCAAAAUUGAGUGGCAGCCUGAGUGCCAUCGAUCAGUGGAGGUGGAAAAUGGUUAUGGAAGUAGGCCAGUGAAGCUACAUUUCUGUGAUGGAUCGACUAUGUCAGCUGAUCAUGUCAUUGUUACAGUCUCUUUGGGGGUGCUUAAAGCUGGAAUUUGUGGAGAUUCAGGUCUCUUCAAUCCUCCACUUCCCUCCUUCAAGACUGAGGCAAUAUCAAGGCUUGGAUAUGGGGUUGUCAACAAGUUGUUUGUUCAAUUAAGUCCAAGCCAUGAUCAUGAGGGGAAGAAGUUGAACAAGUUCCCAUUCCUACAAAUGGUUUUUCAUAGAUCAGACUCUGAACUGAGGCAUCAAAAAAUCCCGUGGUGGAUGAGGAGGACAGCUUCUGUGUGUCCAAUCUACAACAAUUCAAGUGUGCUACUAUCUUGGUUUGCAGGAAAAGAAGCUCUGGAGCUUGAAAAGAUGAAAGAUGAGGAGAUUCUUAAUGGGGUUUCAGUUACAGUGACAAGCCUUCUAUCAAAGUCUAAAUCCCAUGAAUUAUGCAAUGGGAAUGUGAAUCCUGUGGAGAGCUCCAAUGGAAGUGAAGUGAAAUUUAUAAAGGUUCUGAAGAGCAAAUGGGGCACUGACCCUCUCUUCAGGGGAUCAUACAGUUAUGUGGGGGUGGGAUCAAGUGGAGAAGAUUUAGACUCCAUGGCCAAGCCAUUGCCUGAAAGCAGCAAGAGUGGGGCUAAUGCUUGCCCUCCACUUCAAAUUCUAUUUGCAGGGGAAGCAACACACAGAACCCACUACUCUACAACUCAUGGAGCUUAUUUUAGUGGCCUCAGAGAAGCCAAUAGGCUUCUGCAACACUAUAACUGUGUUGGGGUUUCAGAGUUGUUGCAGCAUUAGAAUACCAGCCACUUUUUUCAACACCUAUUUUCUAUGAUCUCCUUCUCAAUUUCAUCUAAAGCAUUUUGCUACUCUUUGUUUUUUUCCUCUCUUUCUACAAAGUGGGCAAUAGUGGGGGGAGGGAGAGAAAAAAAAUUAUUGAGAGGUGAAAGAGAGAUGGGGACAUUUUUAGAUGUACUGAAUGAAUUAAAGAAGCUUCUUUUCAUUUUUCUA